AUGGCGGUCUCUGGAGAUUGCGCUACGGGCGCGGGUGCGGAGGCGACACGCCUUAGAAGCUCCGCGCACUCCCCGCAACAGGCGCAACCCGCGCAAUCUCCGCAAUCCGAGAUCGUUCCUGUCGGGGACGCGGGGAGCGGCGCGCAAGCGCAAGCGCUAGAUCCGGCGGAGAAGCGGCUUCUGGAGCUGGGGUACCGACAGGAGUUGAAGCGACGCCUGGUGGGGCUCUGGGCUGGUUGGAGAUUUCCGGCGUGUCAGCAGCGUGUCAGCAGCGUGUCAGCAGCAUGUCAUGAACCCCUGCAUCACGGUCGUGCCUUCCUGCUCUUCCCACUCCUUUCCACGCCCAUCUCCCCCCUCUCAGGGCUGGUUGGAGAUCUUCGGCGUGUCAGCAGCGGUCAUGAAUCCCUACAUGACGGCAGUGCCCUUCUUUGGCUUCGCGCUGCUGCAAGCCGGCCCCGUGGGCGUGGUGUGGCCCUGGGUGGUCCUCGCACCCUUCGCCCUCUGCAUGGUGCUCGUUAUUGCGGAAGUCUGCUCCUCCUUCCCUGUGAGUGUGCUGCUCUAUCUGCUUCUCCUUCCUCUAACCCUCACAUUGCCCGUGCUCCUCUAUUUCCGGGCGGCCAGCCUGUCUCCCCCACCCAUCAUGCCCCCCCCUGUGCUCCCCCCGUCUUCUCCAGUCCCCCUGGAGACUCCCUCCAGUAUUUCUGGGCUGCCAGCCUUCCCCCAUCCGUCCCUUCCCACUUUUUCCUCGCUUCUUCCUCUCCCCAAUCCCCCCCGCCCGUACCCACCUACCUCGUCCAUGCCCAACCACUCUCGCCUCUACGCACUGUAGGCGUCAGGCUCGCUGUAUUCUGGGCGGCCAGCCUGUCACCGCCGCGGUGGAAGCCGCUGGUGGGCCCCACCCAAUCCAUGUCCCACCUGUCCUCCCCCAUACCCCUCCUGUCGUCCCCCUAUCUCCACCCCCCUCCUGCAGACAUCUGGCUCGCUCUACUUCUGGGCGGCCAGCCUGUCACCGCCCCGCUGGAAGCCGCUGGUGGCGUGGGUGACAGUGUGGCUCGAGGUGAUCGCUCUCUCUGUGUGCGCCAGCAGCAUCGCCUUUCCAGGUAUGCGUGGUGUUGCUUGCCCUAUCCUUCAAGGCCGCACCACCUGCCUGAAGCCACGCCAUCACCCAAGCAGCCGCGGUGGAAGCCGCUGGUGGCGGGGGUGACGGUGUGGCUCGAGGUCAUCGCUCUCUCCGUCUGUGCCAGCAGCAUCGCUUUCCCAGGUAUGGCUGAUGCGCCUGCUCCGUCCCAGUCGCGAUGGAAGCCACUCGUGGCAUGGGUGACGGUGUGGCUCGAGGUGAUCGCUCUCUCCUUCUGGGCCAGCACCAUCGCCUUCCCAGUGUGGCUCGAGGUGAUCGCUCUCUCCUUCUGGGCCAGCACCAUCGCCUUCCCAGUGUGGCUCGAGGUGAUCGCUCUCUCCUUCUGGGCCAGCACCAUCGCCUUCCCAGUGUGGCUCGAGGUGAUCGCUCUCUCCUUCUGGGCCAGCACCAUCGCCUUCCCAGCACCAUCGCCUUCCCAGGUAUGCGUGGUCUUCCUUGCACUCUCCCCGCUCAAGUGGUCGCGCUGGAAGCCACUCGUGGCAUGGGUGACGGUGUGGCUCGAGGUGAUCGCUCUCUCCUUCUGGGCCAGCACCAUCGCCUUCCCAGGUAUGCGUGGUCUUCCUUGCACUCUCCCCGCUCAAGUAGUCGCGCUGGAAGCCACUCGUGGCAUGGGUGACGGUGUGGCUCGAGUGUGGCUCGAGGUGAUCGCUCUCUCCUUCUGGGCCAGCACCAUCGCCUUCCCAGGUAUGCGUGGUCUUCCUUGCACUCUCCCCGCUCAAGUAGUCGCGCUGGAAGCCACUCGUGGCAUGGGUGACAGUGUGGCUCGAGGUAUGCGUGGUCUUCCUUGCACUCUCCCCGCUCAAGUAGUCGCGCUGGAAGCCACUCGUGGCAUGGGUGACGGUGUGGCUCGAGUGUGGCUCGAGGUGAUCGCUCUCUCCUUCUGGGCCAGCACCAUCGCCUUCCCAGGUAUGCGUGGUCUUCCUUGCACUCUCCCCGCUCAAGUAGUCGCGAUGGAAGCCACUCGUGGCAUGGUGACGGUGUGGCUCGAGGUGAUCGCUCUCUCCUUCUGGGCCAGCACCAUCGCCUUCCCAGGUAUGCGUGGUCUUCCUUGCACUCUCCCCGCUCAAGUAGUCGCGCUGGAAGCCACUCGUGGCAUGGGUGACGGUGUGGCUCGAGUGUGGCUCGAGGUGAUCGCUCUCUCCUUCUGGGCCAGCACCAUCGCCUUCCCAGUGUGGCUCGAGGUGAUCGCUCUCUCCUUCUGGGCCAGCACCAUCGCCUUCCCAGUGUGGCUCGAGGUGAUCGCUCUCUCCUUCUGGGCCAGCACCAUCGCCUUCCCAGCACCAUCGCCUUCCCAGGUAUGCGUGGUCUUCCUUGCACUCUCCCCGCUCAAGUGGUCGCGCUGGAAGCCACUCGUGGCAUGGGUGACGGUGUGGCUCGAGGUGAUCGCUCUCUCCUUCUGGGCCAGCACCAUCGCCUUCCCAGGUAUGCGUGGUCUUCCUUGCACUCUCCCCGCUCAAGUAGUCGCGCUGGAAGCCACUCGUGGCAUGGGUGACGGUGUGGCUCGAGGUGAUCGCUCUCUCCUUCUGGGCCAGCACCAUCGCCUUCCCAGGUAUGCGUGGUCUUCCUUGCACUAUCCCCGCUCAAGCAGUCACGGCGAAGCUGCUGGUGGCGUGGCAUGGGUGACAGUGUGGCUCGAGGUGAUCGCUCUCUCCUUCUGGGCCAGCACCAUCGCCUUCCCAGCACCAUCGCCUUCCCAGGGAUGCGUGGUCUUCCUUGCACUCUCCCCGCUCAAGCAGUCGCGCUGGAAGCCACUCGUGGCAUGGGUGACAGUGUGGCUCGAGGUGAUCGCUCUCUCCUUCUGGGCCAGCACCAUCGCCUUCCCAGCACCAUCGCCUUCCCAGGUAUGCGUGGUCUUCCUUGCACUCUCCCCGCUCAAGCAGUCGCGCUGGAAGCCACUCGUGGCAUGGGUGACGGUGUGGCUCGAGGUGAUCGAUCUCUCCUUCUGGGCCAGCACCAUCGCCUUCCCAGCACCAUCGCCUUCCCAGGUAUGCGUGGUCUUCCUUGCACUCUCCUCGCUCAAGCAGUCGCGCUGGAAGCCACUCGUGGCAUGGGUGACGGUGUGGCUCGAGGUGAUCGCUCUCUCCUUCUGGGCCAGCACCAUCGCCUUCCCAGCUGUGCAGCUGGUACAGAUGGCGGUGCACGUGCAGUGCACCACGUGGCAGGCUCGCAGCACCUUUGUUCCCUUUCCCUUAUGUGAUUUCCCUCCUUGCACUGCCGUUUGCACUCCCCUCCACUGUCCCCUCUGUGAGCAGCGGCGCAGCUGGUGUGGCGCAGCUGGUACAGAUGGUGGUGCAGAUGGUGGUGCAGAUGGUGGUGCAUAUGGUGGUGCAGAUGGUGGUGCAGCUGGUGGUGCAGAUGGUGGUUCAGAUGGUGGUGCAGAUGGUGGUGCAGAUGGUGGUGCAGAUGGUGGUGCAGAUGGUGGUGCAGAUGGUGGUGCAGAUGGUGGUGCAGAUGGUGGUGCACCACCGGCGCAGCUGGUGCAGAUGGUGGUGCACCACAUGGCGGGCAGCGAGGACGUCUCCUCCACGGCCUUCUUCUUCGCCCUCUACUGCGGCCUGCUCCUCUCCUGGGCGCUCCUCAACUCCCUCUCCCUCACCUAUAUCUCGCGCCUCCUCGACGGUUACGUCUACUUCGCAGUAGCAUACACUAUUGUCAUCUUAAUAGUGCUGCCAACAGUGGCAGUGGAGCUCAAGCCAGCCUCUUUCAUCUUCCUCGAGUACCAGUCAGGCUGCGCCAUCACAGGCGUGUGCGCCGUGCUGCCCUCACUCAUCCUCGCCGGCCUCAUGCCGCACUUCUCCUACUUCGGAUUUGAUUCUGCCGCCCACGUCACGGAAGAGACGAGGAACUCUGACGUGUCGGGCCCGAGGGCGAUUCUGGGGUCGUUUCUGGUGCAGGUGGUGUUUGGCUUCGCCAUUCUCGUCAUCUUCACUGCCUGCAUACAGGGCGACUACCACACUCUCUACGUCGCGGGCUGCAACUCCUUCAUGGACCCCGUCGUGCACCUCCUCAUAUCCGUCUUCAUCACUCGCUUCGGCUCCGCCACCGGAGCCUACAUCCUCCUCCUCCUCAUGGUCAUCCACUUCUAUGCCGCCGGCUUCGGGGUCACCCUCGCCUCCUCGCGCGCCAUCUAUGCGGCCAGCAGGGACGGUGCCAUGCCGUGGUCGCGCGUGUGGAGAACGCUGUCGAGGCGCAACCGCAUCCCUGUGCGGGCCAUCUGGCUCUCCACCUUCAUCGCAGUUGCUUUCGGCAUCCCCUGCUUCUUUGGUGUCCAGCAAUGUUUUGUGACUCCCGCUAUGCAGAGCCUCAUCCCCCGCAACGCAUUCCUCAACCCCCUCCCUCUUAAUCCCCGCAGCUCCACAACAGCCUUUGCAACGGUGGCAGCAGUGACGGCAGCAGCAUGGCUGGGCACGUACGGCAUUGUCGUCUUCUUCCGCCUCAUCAUCCCUCCGCACCGCUUCAAACCGGGCCCUUUCUCCCUCGGCCGCUGUGCGCGCCCGCUGUGCGUCGUGGCGCUGGGUUAUAUAGUGUACACCAUCGGGGUAUUCAUGGUGCCAAUCUUCUACCCAAUCACGUGGGAGACUUUCAACUAUGCCCCCAUUGGUGAGUUUGUUGCUUCGCUUCCCCUUCACAUGCAGUUUGUGAGUGAGUGCGUUGGCAUGUGGUUAUGCCAGCACCUGUGGAACCCUUGUAUCCCCUUGCUAAUUGCUUUGCUAGCGUUACUGUGA